GCUAUAUAAGACUCGGGCACGGAGCUGGGUGCGCGCAGAAGGUUCCGGACUGAAUUUCGUCUUGUCGUAUCCGUUAGGCAGUCACACGCAGUCAACAUGAGGGAAAUCGUUCAUCUACAGGCGGGGCAGUGCGGCAACCAGAUCGGGGCAAAGUUUUGGGAAGUGAUCAGCGAUGAACACGGGAUUGACCCCACAGGAACAUACCACGGAGACAGUGACCUGCAGCUGGAACGUAUUAAUGUUUAUUACAAUGAGGCAUCAGGUGGGAAGUAUGUCCCCAGGGCCAUCCUUGUAGAUCUAGAGCCUGGUACCAUGGAUUCAGUCCGAUCUGGGCCUUUUGGACAGAUCUUCAGACCAGAUAACUUUGUGUUUGGUCAGAGCGGUGCUGGUAAUAACUGGGCAAAGGGUCAUUAUACGGAGGGCGCAGAGCUGGUAGACGCUGUGAUGGAUGUGGUGAGGAAGGAAUCUGAAAGCUGUGACUGCCUACAAGGCUUCCAGUUGACCCACUCCCUCGGUGGCGGCACAGGUUCAGGAAUGGGCACCCUUCUGAUCAGCAAGAUCCGCGAGGAGUACCCUGACCGUAUUAUGAACACCUUCAGUGUAGUGCCAUCCCCCAAGGUGUCCGACACUGUGGUGGAACCAUACAAUGCCACCCUUUCUGUGCACCAGCUGGUGGAGAACACGGACGAAACCUACUGCAUAGACAAUGAGGCCCUGUAUGACAUCUGCUUCCGUACUCUGAAGUUGACAACUCCCACCUAUGGUGACCUCAACCACUUGGUCAGUGCCACCAUGAGUGGAGUCACUACUUGCCUCCGCUUCCCUGGCCAGCUCAAUGCAGACCUUCGUAAGCUGGCUGUCAACAUGGUUCCCUUCCCACGUCUUCAUUUCUUCAUGCCGGGCUUUGCGCCAUUGACCAGUCGCGGAAGCCAGCAGUACCGUUCACUCACAGUCCCCGAGCUCACUCAGCAGAUGUUUGACUCCAAAAACAUGAUGGCCGCAUGUGAUCCAAGACACGGGCGCUACCUAACCGUGGCUGCUGUGUUCAGGGGCCGAAUGUCCAUGAAGGAGGUGGACGAGCAGAUGCUGAACGUUCAGAACAAGAACAGCAGCUACUUCGUGGAAUGGAUCCCCAAUAACGUCAAGACCGCAGUGUGUGACAUCCCACCACGUGGUCUAAAGAUGGCUGCUACCUUCAUUGGCAACAGCACCGCCAUCCAGGAGCUGUUUAAGCGCAUCUCAGAGCAGUUCACCGCUAUGUUCCGGCGCAAGGCUUUCCUUCAUUGGUACACCGGAGAGGGAAUGGACGAGAUGGAGUUCACAGAAGCAGAAAGCAACAUGAACGACCUGGUGUCAGAAUACCAGCAGUACCAGGAUGCCACAGCGGAGGAAGGAGAGUUCGAAGAGGAAGGAGAAGAGGAAGUUGCUUGAACACCUCUUCACCCUGUCAUUGUUCAACCCCAUUCCCACCUCCCCAUCCAUGAUCACCAGAAAGCCCCCUCCCUACAGUGAGAAACAGCAGAGCCUCUGAAUGGGUUGGGGGGGGGGGGGGUUGACUGGUUAACUAUUAUCCAGAACUGGUCUAUUUGUCUGCUACCUGCCCCUUGAAGAAGAAAAAAAUGUUAAUGCACCUGUGCCCCGGGUAAUAUUCCUACUUCUCUCUGAUUAGUUAUUAAACUGGUAGCCGCCGGCCUAAAUCACUGCUAGCGUAGUGAGCGGGGUUUUAUAGCCGUACUUGGUUUAAGUAGCUUGUUUUGCACGUCUUGGUAUCCGUAUUGAAAAGGUUGCGGUAAGCUGGCUGCACUGCCAUGUGUAUUGGUGACGAUGGAAAGAA